AUGAACAGUCGACUGUGCCGAAACUCGGGACAUGGCUUGUUCUACGACGAACUGCUGGUUGUAUCAAUCUAUUUUCAAGCUAAAGGAGAAGAAGGAUAUGGUGAGUGGGUUUGGGCGUCAAAGCUUGGCAAAGUGGCUGCAAUAUGCCACAAAAAUUAUGAUGCGAAUCAGGCGUAUCUGGCUCUUGCAGUAAGGUUCAUUGGUCAUAGCAACUGCGACAGUUUCUCAGACAGCGACCCGUUGGUGAAGCCCUUUAGCAGUGAUAGCGUUUCGCUCGCCCAGACACUGACGAGUAAGGUAUGUUAUUUGAAAAUCCACGUCUUUUUAAUUUGUUCAAAUGAAAUGGAAUUUUCCGGCCAAUUUUAUUUUAAUCUUCGAUAG